AUGAUCCUUGAAUCGAGAAGAGAAUGGGCGCAGGCUUCAUCACGUCAAUCACGUACCUUCUACACUUCAAAGUUCCACGUCAAACCCAAGCACACAUCUAAAGAAUCUUCGUCAGCCGAAGAAGACACGGAUACAGUCUUACUACCUGAAAAUGAUCUUUUUGUCGACUUGUUGGACUCGUCGAACAAGCCAAACUGGAUGCCUACGCCACCUCAGUACAGCUGGAGCCGCCAUCCCGAGUUCACCAAAACCGAAACAUCUCCUCGAUCCUUCAUACUUGCCAAGACGAAAUUUCGCGCCUACAACCAUUCCUGCACGUCAUUCCUAGACCUUGUCGAAGAUGAGUACUGCUGCAAUGACCCAACCAAACCCGGCUGUCUCAGACUCCGAGUUGGCUCGCGCCACUCAACAUCACUCAACAUAUCACCGCUCCACGCCAAAGGCAAGAGCCGCGCCGACGACACGGCACCCAUAUUCAACGACCACGUCUCCUAUCGCAACUCGUCAAUCCACAUGUGGCCACCGCCCGCAUCGCGCUGCCCAUGCUCCAAGCGGCUGCACGACAUCAUGAACCCGCCGUUGCAGCUGGGCCCAAGCCACGCACGAUCUGUCACCGGUGUCCUGGACGAUCGGACGUUAGUGUAUAUGGUGACGGCGGGGAGGUCGUAUGGUGCCAGCGACGACAGUGCGUUGGGCACCAUUGUGGUCGUGGACUUCACCCGACCAUAUAGCAGCACACCAUCGCAGAUGAGGCGUGUGGACAACGAGCUGGACACCGACGAGGCACACUGGAAGUGGACGACAGGCCAACUUCGCCGAUGCAAGAGUGGGACGUGUCAGUAA